CAUCAUACGCAUAACUUUCCAACAUGGCGUCGGGUCUAACGGCAGCGAAGGGAGCAGAGGACCUGACAGCCCAUCCUGGGUUCAGCAAUGACAAAUACUCCAUUCUAAUGGUCAUCGGCGCGCUUUAUCGACCGCGCAUACUGGACUUUAUUGUGGUGGAGAUAGAACGAGGUAUUCGUGCAUGGGAUGUGGAUUUGACCGCGUGUAACUUGGAUGAGCAGCUCAGACUCUUCGUUCAUAAGCAUUCUUCUUGUCAAUCCAAAGACGUUAAAGGUCAAAGGACAUUUCAAUUCAGUUCAGAGGUUGUGGACGUCAGGGUUGUAGUAAAUCCAUCAGAAGGGGUUCUCUAUUCUGAGGUUCAUGGUUUGAUAUCAGGCGUAUCUAGACACAAGCUGCUGUUGCUCACAGGACAAUCUCUUGAAGAAACCGGAGAUCUUGUCCUGCACACUGGACAGUUCACUCCAAAUGAUUUUACACAGAUCCUUUCAGAUGAAGAGAUUGACGCACUAUUAAACUCUGUUAGCACACACGGCAAAGCAAACCUCACCAUAAGCUGCCCUAAAACUGGAAAAUGGAAAACUUCUGUGCUUGGAAAACACAAGUUACAUGAAAUUAUGGACAUUAAAGUAAAUCCUCUAAUGGUGCUAUCUAAAAUGGGCGGCCUUCAGGAGUUCACGGACCUUCUUACUGAGUCUUUCGAGCCACAGUCUCCUUUUGACCUCCUGGAGCCUCCUGGCACUGUGGGAUUCCUCAAACUCUGUCGCCCGUGCUGUUACGUUUUUCCAGGAGGCAGAGGAGAUUGUGCUUUCUUUGCGGUCAAUGGAUUCAAUGUCUUGGUCAAUGGUGGAGCAGAUCCGUGCGCCUGCUUCUGGAAGUUGGUCAGGCAUUUGGACCGCGUGGAUUCUGUGCUGCUUACACACGCGGGAACAGACAAUCUGCCCGGAGUUAACAGCCUGCUGGAGAGAAAAGUAGCAGAGACUGAGCGAAGUAAAACCGACUGCCAGGAAAAAGAACAAUGGCAGAAGAAUCUCAUCUCCCCAGAGCUCGGCGUGGUCUUCUUCAAUGCUUCAAACAGGCUUAAAAAGGUUCAGGGUGACCCUAAUGUGCUGAGAAGCAGCGAUCUAGCAUCACUUGCUUUACAGCAUCUUGAAAAGCUAAAAAUCUCACCAGAGCCACUUCUAAGGAACUCAAGUGGUCCGAUCGAACCGGUUAUUCUCUUUCAGAAAAUGGGAGUUGGGUGUCUUGAACUUUAUGUCCUAAAUCCAGUCAAGCGUAGCAAAGAAGUAGAGUCGUUUAUGCAGAACUGGCCCGAAAGCAGCUCCAAAUCCAAAAGCUCGGAUGUUCCCCUGACCUCUUUGGUCUCUAUAUGUGCUUUGCUUGUGUGGCAUCCCGCCAGCCCAGUUGAGAAGAUUAUCAGAGUGCUCUUCCCCGGCUCUACACCACAAAGUAAGAUAAUGGAUGGUCUGGAGAAACUGAAGCAUCUAGAGUUUCUCAAGAGGCCGGUGGUGUGCUCCAAAGACUUCGAAACUGCGAAAUCAGAUAAAAAUCCAAAACUCGCAGAGAAUCAGGACAGCCCCAUGUCUGUAAAAAACGAAUUAAGUUCAAGUAAUGGUGCUUCAAAGCAACGAUCUGUCCAUGGAGAUCUCGAGCUAAAAGACAAAACCAAAGGUGUGAAUAAAAAUUAUCUGAAAAGUGAGGAAAGGCUGAAAUCUGCAGAAAGCAACGUCAAACUAAAACCCUCCAAGCUUGUUACGAGGAAAGAGUCUUUAAAAGAAAAAAGCAAUGAAAAAACAAGCACGCCAGACACAAAGAAACAAGAAAGUGGACAGAGAAAAACUUCAGGUAGCAAACCAAAGAUAGAUAGCAAAACUGAUGUGAAAAUAGAAGAGAAAAAGACAUCAAAGUCUCUUGGGAAAGAUGUCAAGAAGACCUCAGAUAAGCCUGGGAAUGUAAAACACGGAGCAAAAGUAAACAAACAGGCUGAGGACAAAACCAAAAGCUUUAAAUCUAACAAGGAACAGCAGAACCAGAAGCUUUCCACAGAAGAUUGCUCUAAAAUGUCUUCACCUGAAGAUAUGACAGCUGAAUUUCUGGAAAUGAUCAAAGAACAACAGGAAUCUUCUGUGAAAAAGCAACAUGCUGACUCUGGAAACCUAAAAAAUGUCCCUAGAGGUGAUGUUCAGUCUAAAUGUAGUACCAGAGUAACCACUAGCAAGGCCACAAUGGCUGUCGGGCCCAAAACAAAAAAUGACCUCACACCUACUGAGUCAACUUUGCUUGAUGGGGCUUUGAAAGACAAUAUUUCAAAAGAUGGCCACGAGGACGUUUGUGUCAGUCCUGAAGAGAAGACUUUAGAGUUAUCUUCUCCUAGAUCAGGUCCGAACAGUGCUGGUCAUACUCCUUAUCACCUGUCCCCUGAAGAGACCUGGGCCUCCAAAGAUCACAGUAGCUUUGGGGUAAAGAUGUGUCUCGGUUCAGAGAGCCAGCAAACAGGACUGCCCAAGCUUUCAGAGUCCGGAUGCCCUAAAAGUAACCAAGAGAGCGUCUCCACUUCAUCCAGAGAGAAACAUUCGAGUUUUCUGUCUCUCAGUUCCUUCAAGGAUAUAAUGCCUGAUAUAUCCCCCACUGUCACUACCACUACCACUCACUCAAUGCCUGCUGAAGUCAGCUCACCACAGUCCACUGAGGUUGACGAAUCACUUUCAAUGUCUUUCGAACAAGUGCUGCCUACAGUCAGUGAGUCUACCAACGAAGAUGAAAUGUCCUACUCCAAUGGACAACUUUCCAAAUCUGAAUUCAAAGUAGGGAUGUCUUUGUCCAUAAAGAAGCCUCACACUCAAAGGACCCAUCAGGAUGGCUCAGGUGGGUGUCCGUCUGAACCGCAGGGUCUAGUGGUUGAUAUCGGCCAUGAUGUAGACCUGUGCUUGGUCUCUCCAUGCGAGUUCAAACACUUCAAACCGGUCAGCAAUGGAGAAGAUUCACGUUCACCAGGAUUAGUUAACACCAGCCCGCUGAACCAUUCCGAUGAUAGCGACCACUCCCAAGAGGCAACUAAGCCCCUUCCACCAGCAUGUUUGGUGAACAGAUCCGCUCAUCCAACUAUGGAGACCCCUCUUACGUCUGCCAGUGACUUCCCCACAGCCACCGACUCGGAUGUACAUCCAGGACUAGAAGAUUGCUCGUCUAUUACAGCCGAUGGACUUCUAGAUUCGGAUGAAGAAUCAGGAGGCCACCUGCAAUCCCAGAACAUAAACGAUGGAUUGGGUUUUAAUCGAGGUAAUCAUCUUCUGCCCCAGGAUCCUCCACCUGCGCCUGUGAAAGAUUUACCUCCCCUUCCACUGCAGCCGGGUGCCUGUAUGCCCGAUCCUGUUAGCAGUGUGAAGUCUGGUGCAACAAAGGGUAGAAAAUCAACGGGAGUUACCCAGAGGUUAACAUCACCUAGCAGUUCAACACAAAGCACCAAAACCAGGACUGGAAGUCAAGCUACAUCUGUUACCAGCUCGAGAAGCAACUCAGCUGGCACAGCCUCUGCCACAAAAAGAUCAGGUAGCAAGGUUGGAGCUUCGGUAUAUUUGGACCUGGCUUAUCUUCCAGCAGGCCAUGCAGCGUCCACUGUCGAUGUUGAGUUCUUCUGCCGUCUACGCUCAUCCUGUUACAUAAUAAGUGGUGAUGACUCGUACAAAGAAGGCUUGAUGAGGUCCAUUCUGGAUGCGUUAUUGGAGGGUAAAUCUGUAUGGCCUGAGGAUGUGCCGGUGACCCUAAUCCCUACGUUUGAAUCCAUGGUGAUGCACGAAUGGUACCGGGAAACUCAAGAAAAACAACGGCAACUGGGAAUAACCGUCCUGGGCAGCAACAGCACUGUGGCCAUGCAGGAGGAGACGUUCCCUGCUUGUAAAAUUGAGUUCUGGUAGACGGAAAGUAACAAUAAGACCUACAUACGCACACUUUGAGCACCACUGAUUGUUAUGUACAGAUUUGUUCUUAAGAAAAUGUUCCGUAAUCAACCAACAAACCUGUAUAUUGUGUUUGUGACAGAUAAGGACUGCACAGUAAAAUCACAAGAAUUGAAUCCCACACCCGUAGUUGUUUACAGAGUAGUUGAAUUGCACUGUGUAUUAUGGCUGCAUAUUUGGUUUCUGGUUGGCAGAGCAUACUGUAUACUGGAAUCACACUAUGAAAUUCAUAGUUAAAUGUUACAAACUUAAAUGUAACCCAGAGCUCAAAUCAUUCUUUGGAGCAAGCAUACUGUACUCUCUGUCUCUAUGGAAAUGAAGGAUGCAUUAAUCAGAUUUAUGCGUGUGACAAAAAGAAUCCACAUUGUGGAUAGAAAGGAGAAAAUGUGCCUGAAUAUAAUGGAAGUACAUACUGCAUUGGUUUGUUUAAAAUUCUGACUAUGCAUGAAGACAUUGAAAGAAUGAAACAAAUGAGCAGUGCCAAUGGGAGUUAGGCUACCCUGUUGAAAAAAACUGCAUAUGCUGGUUUGGUAUGUUUUGAUGCUGGUUUGUACUGGUUCAAGCUGGUCAAACCAGCAUCAAAACAUACCUAACCCAGCAUAUGCUGUUUUUUUCAACAGGGAAGAAUGCCACAGAUGUCCACACAUAACAAUUAAUCAUUGUAAUAUAGAGCCAUAUUUUUAUACUUUUAAAUGUACUUAGAUUGACUUUCUCUUUUGCUUUGUUCUCAACAGAUGCUAUUUACACUACAGUCUAGAAACGGUUCACUACACCACACUCAUAUUGUAUGAAUGUACUGCACUAUGAUGUACUGUCACCUAUUGCCGACAAGAAAUGUGUAGAAAUUGCAUGUAAUUGACAGUUUUCUUUUAUUUGAAGAAUGAUCUCCAGCUCUUGCUGUGUUAAGGGUUGGAAGUGUCAACGCUGGGACGUAAAGUAUAACAUGAAGUGCAGAUCCUCUAAUAUCUGUGCCUACUGUAAAGUAUCAACUGCUGUAGUGCACACUAGCCCUUGUUCUCUUACACGUACAGUAUCUUCUUCAUUUUGUGCCCCACAAUGCUGUCAGACAUUCUGUGUAUAGUAAAGAUUUUUCAGUUCACGGAAACAAAGAUAUGUAACAUAAUAAAGGAUAUGUAUCCAGAAUUAUACUAUAAAUUAAAACGUUGAAUUACCGUUGGAGUGUUGGUUUGUUUUGU